AUGAGUAACGAACCUGACUUGGAAGAAGUUACCGGAGCAACCAAAAAUUUGAACAUUGACGAUUCGGAAGCAGUACCUCAGGAUGAAGGCGCAUCAGAUUUGGCUGAAGCCAAAGAAGAGUCGUUAGAUCAAGAGAUUCUGACAAUACCAGAGGAAAAGAAGAAGAAGAAGAAGUCUGUUGGUUUUGCACCUCCUCCUGAAGAAGACUUGGCUGCUCAUCAUAAGAUCCUCAAAGAAAAAGAGUUACAGGAAAUAAAAUCAAACCCCUUUCACAAGAUCCCUCCCGAGUUGGCAUACUUGGAAAACAAGAACAGAACUCCUGGUCCUAAACCACUACCAUCUUUCAGUGACUUGAAUAAAUUCGACACUGAUGGCUCGAAAAAGAACCCAAGCACCAAGGCUAAGAGAACUUACGGUAAUGCUGAUGUAGGGGAUCUCAGAGCCUUGGCAAUUAAAGUAAUAUCGGUCGCCAACAAACAAACCGAAGUGUUUAACUUCAACAAUCCGACUAUCGAUAGACCCAUAAGUCUGAAUACGAUGAUUGUUGAUGUACAAUAUGCUGGAUUGAACUCAUAUGAUUUGGGCAAGAUCAACAAGUAUGCAAUCAAUGUAAGUGAAGUUAAAAUUGGGAUAGGCUAUGAAUUUGUGGGAUUCAUAUCUGAUUUAGGACUGCAAUUUGUCGAGUAUGACUCUGUUUAUAAGAUUGGGCAGCCGGUUGUGGGAAUCUUGAACCCAUAUGGUAGAAAGGGUAGUUUAUCUACUAGUUUAUUGGUGAAUCCGAAGAGGGAUGUCGUAGUUCCAGUUACUGAAGAAGUGUUAGAAAAAUUGAAGCAUCUUAAGGUGGAAAUUGAUGAUGAAAGUAAGGAAUUUGGGCUCCAAGAUGAAACCGAUGAUGUCAUUGAUUCGACUAACGAGAAUACUCCUGAAAUUCAAAGGGAUAUUGAUCCCGCCGAUGCAGUCCCCGAACAACCUAAUGAUUCUCAGGUGGCAGAAACUACAAAACCGCUGGCAUUCAAGAAGCUUUCCAAUUUCGAAAUCGAUCCCGAGUUGACGCCACUUUCUAAAUUAGUAACCUUCCCAGUGCUCUACUCCAGAGCAAAGGCUGCUCUUGCCGACUCCCAUGCAAAUUUUAUCAAGAAUGGCUCCGCAAACGUACUCAUCAAUGGUGCAGACACCAAUUUGGGUUUGACCAUCUUUCAAUUGUUGAAUUCUUCUGUGUAUUCUUUUCUUGAACGCUUGAAUAUAAUUUUAGUGACUAGAGAAAGCUCCAAAGAGAGAAUGGAAGCAUUUGUUAAGAAAUUCACCAAAUAUGACCCCACAAAGACCAUCAACGUCAAAAUCGUCCCAUUUGAUCUGGUUAAUACCGAAGAUCUCGUCUUGCAAGGUGAGAAGACACCAAUUUUGUACAAAAAGCCCAAUCUUUUUGCUUGCGAAAUUCUCGAUGCCAUGUUCUACGAAAAUGGCCUUAACAAGUCGAACAUUAACGACUACAAACUUGAUACCAUAAUUGAUAUUGUUGGAGGAUCGAAAUAUUUUCAAACUCUGUCUAUCAAAUAUAGCAAGAUACAAACCUUGGCCUUCCCGUUCAUAAGCAAGCUUGAAUCAUCAACAAAACUACAAGACAUUUUAAAUACUACUAAGAAGGAACCAUUCCUCAUCAAGAUCUUAAAACCAAAAUCCAAGGGCUCUAAUUACAUCAGUUGUUGCAAAUAUGGUAGACCUAACCCAAGUUAUUUGGUAGAUGAUUUGAUCCAGGAAGGUGGAAACGGUGAUUAUGUGAACCCUUGGAGUAUGAAAUGGACUGCAAAUAUAGCAAACUCGUGGUUAAGUAGUUUCAAUUAUUUUAAUCAUACCGAAUUGGAAAUCAAACAAAGAUGGAUAGAAGAAGGCUUACAGUUAUUGCUAGAUGGAGAAAUCAAAUUUAAGAUCGAUGAUUAUUGCGAUUGGAGAAAUAACUAUAAGAAGGUGAUAGCUGGAAUGAAGAAAGAAGACAAAAAGUCUAUUUUUGAAAUCGAGACGUUCUAA